UUAUGUAGUUCCUUAAAGCAGUUAGUUUAGUUCAGACUAUCGGAAAUUCUGUGAAAAGUGGUUAAAAAAUGCUGAUUUUCGGUUUAUUUUUUUCAAUUUUGACAUGGAACAACGUAAAUUGCCAGAGUCCAAUAGUUAAAAUUUCUGACGGGUUGAUACGAGGUGCAGUUGGUAAGACUGUAGGGAAUGGUCAAAUAUUCUACGCAUACAGAGGAAUACCUUUUGCCAAACCCCCAAUUGGAGACCUCAGAUUUAGUGCUCCUGUUAAGAAUGAUCCAUGGAAAGGCAUCUUAAAUGCUACUGAAGAUAAGGCAAGUUGCGUCCAGCAAAUGGAUUUUUUACCAUUGGCAGUUAAAGGGUCAGAAGACUGUUUAUAUCUGAAUGUUUACACUAAAAAUAUAGCUGGAAAUUACCCAGUUAUGGUCUGGAUAUAUGGCGGUGGUUUCUCCAUAGGCAGCGCUGAUUACGAGUACUACGCUCCAGAUUUCCUACUGGAACAAGACGUAGUGUUCGUCUCCAUGAACUACAGACUGGGAGUGUUCGGUUUUCUGAGCACUGAAGACUUGGAGUGUCCCGGAAAUUGGGGGAUCAAGGACCAAGUGAUGGCACUAAAAUGGAUUAAAGAGAAUAUUAGGGCAUUUGGUGGGGAUCCAGAGCAAGUGACUAUAUUUGGACAGAGUGCUGGGUCCGUUUCUGUAGGGUAUUUGCUUCAGAGUCAUCAAACUAAACAUUUGUUCCACCGGGCCAUCAUGCAGAGCGGAUCGAGUUUAUGCAUCUGGGGACUGACCACGGCACCCCGCCAGAUAGCCUUCGCCAUCGGGUCGAGGCUGGGCAUCAGCACGUCCAAUUCGCGGGAGCUGCUCGCCAAGCUGAGACAAGUGGAUUUCGCCACGCUCAAACUGGUGGAAAAUCAAGUGGUCUAUCUGGCUAUCGCAUUAGACAAUCUUCUGAAUGGUAUGCCAAUUGGUCCUGUCAGAGAACCAGAACACGAAGGAGCAGUAUUCACAAGCAGAAGCCAUGAAGAUUUAAAAAAUGGCCAUUUUCACAAAGUUCCUGUAAUAGUCGGACUAAACUCCAAUGAAGCCAAAUCUUUCUUAGGACUCGCUAUAGGUUUAAUAAAACCUUUCUUCGGUAGGUUUGACUUGAAUAUAGCCCGCUUGGCACCGCACGAUUUGACCAAUAACGUAACCAAGAAGACAUUUGCUGGCGGUGAGAUCAAAGAGUUCUAUUUCGGAGAUCUGCCGUUACCAAGCACCGCAUCUGAGGACCUUAUUAAAUUCGUCAGUAAAAAUCAAUUUAACAGACCUAUUAGAGAAACUGUCCAUUUGAUGUCUCGCUUCACUGAUGUUUAUUAUUAUCAGUUUUCACACAGAGGAUCUCUUGGGGAUUUUGAAUCAGAUUUUGAUGGUGUGGGACAUUAUGAGGAAAUAAAUUAUUUGUUUGCCAACAAGGCAAAUGCACAAGGAAAUGACAAGUACGUUAGAGAAAAAAUAGUGGAAUUGUGGACAAACUUUGCCAAAUUUGGCGACCCCACUCCCCUGCCAGUGGCCAACCUCACCUGGCCGGCGAAUUCUCCCCUAAGUUACGCCAAUGAACUGGCUUAUUAUUUGGACGUGGGUGCCAGACUCAGUCUGGAUGUUAAUCCCGACCAGGAAGACUGGAAAUUUUAUCAAGGGAUCUAUCAGAAGUACGGCGAUCCGCCUUUUUCUACCUACUGAAGUGUGCUAGGAAGUUGUAUGAGUACAUUUGUGGAGUGUUUUUGCGUUUAUAGAAUUUGAUUUUAAUAGAUAAAAGUAAAUAAAA